AUGGAUCCCUUCAACUCUCUGCCGCCGGAGAUCCGGCUCAAGAUUCUGCUUUUAAUCACCUCAAAGUUCUCCAUCUCCUCCAUCAUCCGAGCCUCACCGACGAUGCUGCAGCAGUACUUUGAGCGACGAAAGGAUAUCCGGAAAAGUCUCAUCGCUGCUGACUUUGAUGAAGAGAUGAUGCAGGACGCGAUAGCAAUCAUCGAGUUUCCGAGACCAGGAGGGCAAAGGCAAAACCUGCGGCUUGUUCGUGAUCACUUGAAACGUUGGCUGGACAAGGACCUUGCCAGUCCGUUAACCAACCAAAAUGACUAUCUGUUCCAACUGCUGGACGACCUCCAUGGCAUGCUGCUCCAUUUUAUCCAGGAUUACUGCAGCAAGGCCACAGCGUCCUACAUGCCGAGGGAGUACCUAUGUUUGCAAGGAGUCCAUUCACCGUCGCCGACAGCUCAGCUAUACUUUCGCGGCAGGCCCAUCAUCUCCAGCUUCAAUCCCGACACUCUUACCACCUCGGAGUUGAAGCGUUUCUUCAGGGCUUUCUUGUUAUAUCAACUCAAUUGCAAGGUCAACAAGUCGCUCGGGACGUCCCCCAAUCCGAACAACCCUCUGAACAACCUCCCCAAACGCGCCAUUCACCCGUCCGAGGAUGAAGCCAUCCGAUGUGUUCAUACAUACGUUCGCUCAAUGUAUGGCGCCUGUAUCGCUCAGCGCGACGAUGGCUUCCUUCCAAGCAGUCCCGAUGGAUCUGCUUUUGAAGCGGCACUUGUCUUCCCAGACAACUUCUGCUUCGACCCUGAUCUUUACACUGGAGACAGAGGAUUGCGAGGAAACUAUCACGGCGAUGUCACGUCUCAUCUUGCGAAACUCGGUUUAGACCAGAUUGCCAAACUCACUCGCUACCGCUUUGGAGUUUCAUCGGGAAAUACCUCGUUUGACCAAGAGUUUGAUAAAGUCUUCGAGUCCCUAUCGUAUCGAAUGGGGCCAUAUCAACACACCAUCACCAGAGUUGAAGCAUCUGAAGGCUCUAGUUCACCCACGUACGACCGUAUCUCCGCCCGGCUUUCCCAGUCCAGCACGAUCCAAGUCCAGAUAUGUCAGCAGAGGGCUUGGGUAUUUUUCGACAACUGUCGACUUUACCCUCCAAGGAUUCCUUCAAGGCCUCGCUUCCCGACAGAGAGCUUCCUUUCCCGGGAAGCUGACAGGAAGAUCCUCCUUGAUGAUGUUCUGUGGCCGUACUCAGAGCUCAUGAGGAGCGAAAGGCGAUCACAGAAAUGGCAAGACGAGUAUGCAACUCGGAAGAGGCGACAGGCAGAUCAGGAUCAAAUCCUGGAGUUGCGACAACAGUAUUCAGCUGUCAAAGGCAAGUAUGACAGUCUCCGCGAGACCGUCAGCGGAAAUCCAGAAGCGUCUGUCCCGGUAUUCGAGGAUCCUGAAGUGCUCCGUGAGGAGCUCAAAAGGAUGAUUGAGGAAUCCACACCCUGUGAUCUAGCAACUGUGGUCAAGUACGUACGAUACGCGCCAUCCGACACAUAUAUUGUAUGCCGGCAGUCCCCUCGAUCCAUUGAUAUUCCUGUGGACUUCGAGCGGUUUGAGGGCAAGACAAUGACUCAGAUCGAACACCUCAUUCGUGGUUACUUAUGGUGCCAGGAGGAAGACGAGAAUUUGGUCCCAAAUGAGCAAAUGGAUUUUUGCUUCGCGAUCUGGUGA